CCUUACAUUUUUUUAAAGUCAUGUAACUGUUAGAAACAAAUUUUUCUCAUUAAGUUCUAAUGUUAAAAAUUACUUUCCACAAUGAUGCGAAACAAUACUGAUAAAGAAUUCGGCAAGCGACAUUGUUGUUUAGAAGCUUUCAGAAAUAAUUGUGUUCGAGUUAAAGUGGUAGGUGUCAUAAACUCCGUUGCUUUUCAAAAAGCUCGAAUAUGUGCGGAAAAGUUCCAUCAACAUUUACCGUUUAAAUUUUCGCUGCCGCAAAUUGUAGAACUAUUUCAAAUGGACUGGCUUGAAUACAUACAAAAAAUGAAAAGGCAAACUGGUGGUAAAAUAUGGUCACUAACAAAAACUGUAGCAGUUUUUAUAAACAACGAAUUUCUUGGUGAUGAUAUACUUUUCCUGCGUUACAUAAGUCAAGAUUAUAUUUUUUCUUUACCCAUCAGACCAGAAUAUUAUGAAAAUCUUGCUACAGAACAGUGUAAAAAAUUUGUGCAAAAAUCUAAGAGGAAGUAUGUUUAUUUCACGUUUUCUGUGGAUGAAUUUAUUGUUGGCUCAUUUGUAUUUAUGCUAUAUUCUGAUUUGUUACCAUUAACUUGCCAACAUUUUUUAAAUCUUUGUACUGGAUAUGAUGAAAUCAAUGGAUGUUAUAAAGAUGUGCAUUAUGUUAAUAAACACUUGCAUCGUAUUGUAAAAAAUGGAUGGAUUCAGUGUGGAGGAUUCGAUAUUUCUGAAGUUGAUAAAAAUUCUGUAAUAUAUGAUAAUAUAAUAUCUGAUGAAUCUUAUUGCAUUCCUCACGACCGUAGAGGAAUUCUUUCUAUAGCAAAUAAUGGCAAACAUUAUAAUGAGUCUCAGUUUAUUGUGUGCUUGAAGUCAAAUCCAUGGAUGGAUCAUUUUUAUGUUGCUUUUGGGCAACUUGUAGAUGGUGCUAAAACUUUAGAGACGUUUGAAAACAUGCCAACGUAUCAUGAACAACCUACUAAAGAUAUAAAAAUUUUGCAAUGCGGAGAAUAUAGUUUUGGUGAUGAAAUUAAAAUGGAGACCGAGAGACAGAUCUUUCUCAAACCUGAACAGCCAUGUAUGGAAGGAGAGUACAUACCACUUAGGGAUACUAUAUUCGAUUAUUAUUCUAUCACACCAUGGCUUGAUAAUAUCGUGGAUAAAAUAGAUAUUCGUGAUACGGAAUCACUUUUGAUAACUGAAAAAUAUUUGAAUGGUCUUUAUUGUCUCACAAGUGAUUAUGUGUCAGGAAUGGAUAUGCGCGUUUAUGAAAAAGUUCAUUUAGUAGGCAUGGCUAAAUAUGAUACGACAACUGCUAAGCUUCACGAUCUAUUACUGAAUUUCCAACCGGAUGUAAUGACUGAACAAGACAAAAUGAUGUUUGUUUCAGAAAUUUCUAAAAUCAUUUUAGCAUAUAUUUUUCAUCACGAACAAAAUGAAUUCUGUCUACGACAUCUUUCAAUGAACACUCACGAAACAAUAUACAAGAUAUUAGAAAUUGCCAAUGAGAUAGCAUUAAAAGCUAUAAAAACGGCUGAAAGCAGAUCUCUAAUUUCUCUCGAAUGCGGUAGAGCAAAAAUAGCAAAAAUAUUUGAAGCAAAACAUGCCAACAAAAUACUGGUCUCAGAAGGUUGUAUGUCGUUAUUAGAAGAAAUAUUAAACAAAGCUAUAUACUGUUUAAUAAGAACAUUUGAAAUACAAGAAUAAAAAAAUAAACUUUAUUAACUCGAUCAUACAAAAUCUCACUACAUUUUCACAAAAACAUAUUUUACUGUACGUGAUAUUUUAUGUAAAAACGAAGUUUACACACGUUCUAUGUUCAAUACAAAAGUGACACACUAAACUACUGAUAUUUGUG